AUGUCAUCUUUUACCAGCGUCUCUAGUAUCCUCUGGAUUUCCAUUGCUAUUAUCACUUUGACCUACUUCACUACUCAGAGGAAGUUUGGCCAUGAUCCCCGCGAGCCUCCGCUGGCUCCCCAGUCAAUUCCUAUUAUCGGGCAUAUGCUUGGACUGUCACGGAGCAAGUUCAACUACUAUGUCAACCUCAGUCAGCAAACGGAUUCCGCCAUCUUCACCAUGGCUCUCCCGGGUCAGAAGAUGUAUGUGAUAACAAACCCGGAACUCAUCCAGGCAGUGCAAAAGCAACAUAAGACCUUUGCAUUUCCACCAAUUGAGAUUAGGUUCGCAUCCACGGCCUUUGGAGCAAGCCCUGCAGCUCGAGAGAUCUUGGGUAUAAAUAUAAAUGGCGACGAAGGUGAUUUCGGGUUGACAGUAGAGACUCAUGCCGGGAUGAGAACUAGGCUCAAGCCAGGAUCAGACCUCGACGACAUGAACCGUAUCAUGAUACAAGAUAUUGCAAACUCCCUCAAUCAGUUACAAGCCAGGAAAGGGGAGUCUCGAAAAAGUGGGAUAUAUACUUGGCUAAGAGACACUAUCAUGACUGCUACUACUAGGUCUGUGUAUGGUCCGAUGAGCCCGUAUGAGGAUAAAUCUAUUGCCGAUUCUUUCUGGGAGUUCGAGUGUGGUCUCCUGCCGAUUCUUCUCGGGUUCCUUCCCUCAAUCACUGCUCAGAAACCGAUUAAGGCUCGAAAUAAUGUUGCCAAGGCCUUUGAAGCAUAUUAUAAAGCCGGUGGGGUGAAGAAAGCAUCGGCUUUUGCUCAAAAUCGGUACCAAGCGGGGAUAAACAACAAUCUCCCCUUGGAAGAUAUCGCGCGUUUGGAAGUUGGGGGCACGAUUGCUGUCUUAGUAAAUACGAUACCUGCAGCAUUUUGGUGUCUUAUUCUACUUCACUCCCACCCAGGGCUCCUAGAGGAGAUUCGGAGCGAGAUUGACGCAUGCACCGAGACAACUAUAGAGAAUGGUUCUAUUGUCAAAACUCUUAACAUAACUACGUUAAGGGAAAGUUGUCCUCUGCUAUUAUCCUCUUACCAGGAAGUCCUUCGCUAUCGUUCCAUGGGAAUAUCCAUACGUGAAGUGAUGGAAGAUACCUACCUCGAUCAAUGGCUGCUAAAGAAAGGUGCAAUGUUGCAGAUACCAAGCAUCGUCAUUCAUCAGGAUGCUAAUCUUUGGGGCUCCGACGUCAUGGAAUUCAAUCCACGCAGAUUUCUCCCCGAAGAGAAGCAUAAUCGUCCGCGCGAUGUCUGCUUCCGUGCAUUCGGCGGUGGCAAGACCCUCUGUCCCGGUCGUCACUUUGCAACGAAUGAGAUUCUUACAUUCGUUGCUGCUUUCAUUGUGAGGUUGGACAUGAAACCUAUAGAAGGUGACUGGAAACUUCCCACUACAGCGAAUACAAACGUUGCUGCCGGAAUAAUGGGGCCAGAUGAGGAUAUUCAAGUAGAAAUUAGAACGAGACAAGGUUUCGAGGAUGUUAAAUGGGCUAUGGUACUUGAUAAAUAG